GAACAACAAAAAUGUUUAGUUGAUUUUGAAUCGUCGUGUAUGAAUAUUGUGUGAGAAUAUUGCGCGAUUUUUGUUAUACAUUUUGAUAUUCGGGCGGAAAGUACAAUGAAGUAGACAAUUUGCCGGUUGUUGUUUUGUCUAUCGAGUUAUUUUAAUAGUUUGUGUGAUAGGACUUUUAAUUGCGAUAAACAAUAAGUUAAAUAAGAAGGUAUGUGCCCGUGGCGCUAUACAUCAAUGGCUUCUGGAUGGGAGUGUUGGUGUAAUAUAUCCGAAAAUUAUUAAAUUCGACAUAUUGAGUGUACAAAAAUGUGUAUGCUUCCGAAAAUUACGUGUUUUGUUUUUACAAAAGCAAAACAAAUGAUCAACAAAAGGUUUAAAAUAGAUUAUUUAUAAAAUUUGCAAACGAAAGAGGAAAUGAAAAAGAAAAAAGCGCAAAAGUGAGAAUAAAAAGUAUGAUAGUUGCUAAUUUUGUUUUAAAGUGUGAGUGGCAACUUGGCGAACAUGAAACAAAGCAUACGCACACUUACUCAAAUACAUGUGUUCAAAUGUAUAUGCAUCUGCUGGAAUUACCCAGCCAACAAAUCAAAUUAUGAAACAAGUUAAUUGCAUUUACCUCGACAUUAAUUAUUAUUUUGUUAAAAGUGAGCUCUAAAAGACGAAAUAUUGCAUUAUUAAGGGUUAAUAGUUGCAAAAAUGUAAUAUUGCUAAUAAGUCUGGAAUUCAUUUGUGUAUACACCUUUUCAUUAAUUUCAUAUUCGUUGUUUCCACCACUUUAUCGUUAAUACCACUACAAUUCUAUACGAAUACAAGUGUGAAGUGCAAAAAGCAUAAAACCGGUUCGACCACUUCAGCCAGCUAGCCCAAGCAAACGAAAUGCUGUUAACAAACGGGUGGUCACACAGCUGGACGGACAGUUCAACUGACUGUCUGCCUGCUGGACUUGUCGUUAUUGCCUUUCUGGCCCUAAACCGAAAAGUGAAUGGAAAAGCAGAAAAUAAAUAACAAAUACAUACACCCAGUGAAUUUUAGCGUCAUGACUUUAGUAGAAAAUUAGUGCGUGUGUAACUGUGAAGAAGCCAUCAAUAAAGUGAGUGAUAAAUCGAGAUAUCGUGCAAAGUGGCCAUAAAAGUGUUUACAUGUGUUUACUAUCAAUUAAAAAGUGUCACAGCACUCAAGGCGAUGAAGGAGCCGAUAAAUGUUGAUGCGCUUCUCUAAAUGCUUCCUUCACCCUCAGUGCUUCGUGAAUAAAUAACACCCCUGAAAAACAGGAAGAAAAUUUCACUGUGUUCUUGUGUGAGUGCGUGUGGGAGGAAUACAGCCAUCGCGUGUCACGAAAGCGUUCGAUGAGCAAUCAAAAGAAAAGUAAAUAAAGCACAUAAAUAAUUAAAUAAGGAAACACAAAGUGCAAUAUAAAUUGAUAGUCGCGUACUUAUGGGUAUUGCUACGCCUCUCGAACGCCCAUAAAUGACCCCAACAACAAUCAAUAAGUUGAAACAAUAAAAAAAAUAAUAACAAAUCAAAAGUGGUAAGAAUCUACAUAGCAGUGGUAAGGCGACAACAACAUAACCGCCGCUAUGUCGAUGCGCAGCAAUAAGUUGAACUCGUCACAGUCGGCGUAUCCGCCGCCCCCGCAAUCGCCACAGCUGCAAUACCUGCCGCACCAUCAACAUCAGCAGCAGCUGCUGCAACAGUUGCAACAGCAACACAAAUUCCAGCAGCAGCAACAGCAGCUAUCACAAUCGCCGCCAAGCGUCUCACAGCAACAUCAGCAUCAGCAUCAGCAGUCCAACGCCACCAACAGUCGCAACAACUUGGCCACUCUGGUCGCGGCCAUUAACAAUGAGAACGGCUAUCAGCUGUCGGCGGCCACGGGCAACUCGCCAGCCAUAAAUGUGACGUCGCCGCCUUCAUACUCGGCAGCCAUCGCAGCUGGCAACGGCGCGGCCGGUAGCGGUGGUGGGGGCAGCUUGACCGCGCCCAUAUUGGAAGGCCAUAAAACUAAUGCUUCACCAUUCCAAUUUCUAAAUCACUAUCAAGCACAGGAUCUGGCAAAUUUGCCGAACUCACAGUUGGUGGUGGAUGGCGGCGGUGGUGUGGUUGCUGAGGAGGAUGUCGAUGAGUUAGAUCCACAGCAGCAGUUGUGUGUAGUUGCCAAAAUGCAGAAGUCUGUAACGAUUACCGUUACGCCACAGCGCAGCAACUCCAUGGACUAUUUGAAUUUUGAGGAGAAACGUCAAUUGAUAGCUUCGUCACUAUCCCUAUCGGAUAUCUUGCAUUGUAAUCCAGCUGCGGCUGGCAAGGAUGCGGCUGCCAAUGCUAAUGGUGAGUUGUCCCCAAACCACCAAAAUCCACAAUUCUCUACAUUGCAAUCCCCCAAAAAGCAAAAUGGUGCUGCCCUGCGUACAAACAGUCUUGGCUCCGGCACACGCACACCCCCGCUCGAGCGUAAAAGCAAGUUGAGUGCUUUGGGGCGAUUCUUUAAGCCGUGGAAGUGGCGGCGGAAAAAGAAGAGCGAAAAAUUCGAAGCAGCUUCCAAGUCACUUGAACGCAAAAUAUCGGUACGUGCCAAUCGUGAGGAGCUUGUGCAAAAGGGUAUACUGUUGCCAGAGAGUCCACUGGGGAAUAUACAGGAGCCAGGUGAGGAUGCGUACUUCAAUUCAAAUGCUAACACAUCCAACAACAUCGCCAACGGUUCCAUCCUUUCCGCCGCCAAUAACAAUAACAACAACAAUAACAGUAAUGGCGGCGCACUUCAAAAUUCCAUAAACACCACCACGGCUGGCAGUGCCGGGGGCGCACUCAUUAGCCAGCAGCAGUUGCAACAGCAACAGCAGCAACAACAGCAGCAGCAGCAGCACCAAAUGGUGAAUGUACCAACAUCCAUAUCUGUGCAACAGUUCAAUGCAAUGAACGGUGGCAACAACAACAACGGCAGUAAUAGCGGUGUCGGUGGUGUAAACAAUUCUAGUGGUAGUAACGGCCAGAAUGGGGGAGGCGGCGACGUUUCACCCAUGUCGAACGUGCCGCACUCGCAGUCGGCACCGCACCAGCUGGGGCAGCCGCCGCCGCAAACACCUCUGGCGCAGCAUCAUCAGGCGUUAGCGCAACAGUUGCAGCAACGAUUUGCCAUAAGCAAUAAUAACGAAACCAGAAAAGACAAGACUGAUGCACCACACGGUGGUAAUGGCGCGCUAUCACCCAAUACCGAACAGCCAUCAGGUCAGAGUUCAAUGCUGCCACCACCCGGCGGUGGCAAUAGCGGCACGCAAUCGAAUCACACCCACGUGACACACGUCACUGGUGGCGGAAAUAGUGGCAACAGCGGCGGUCGUGAUCAGCAUUACGGCACUCUUCGCACACAGAAUUCCAAAUUGGAACGCCCCAAUACGCUCGGCACCAAUAAGGUGUCACGUCGCGUAAACAUUUGUUAUCAUAAUGAGCAUUAUCCCGAUGGCGGCGCUGCAGUGAACAAUGUAAUCGGCGGACCGCCCGGCAGCACACCGCCACCCUACACGGCCGAUGGUAAAAUGACGAACACCCAAGGUGGCGGCGGCAGCGGCAAUGUGGGUGCUGGCGGUGUUAUGCUCUCCGAGUUGCCAGAACCACCGAUACCCGUAUCCGAGAUUGGUCCAAUCCCACCGCCGCCCAUGUUCUCCACACCGAGUCCAACAUUGAUAGCUGGGCGUGCUCAUGGGCCGGGUGCUAUGAAUGAUCAAGGUUAUCAGGAUUAUGAUUAUGAUGAUCAAGAACCUGACGACGACCAGCUAGACUCGGAUGAGGAAUAUAUGUUCCAGUUGCGGCAGCAACAACAACAAUCAUUACAUCCCAAUCAUGUCGAUACACAGCGCGUUGAGGAAAUUCCAGCCAAAGAGCCAAAACCAAAUGCAGUUCCUCUUAAGUCGGCGCUGAAGAAGAAGCCCGGCCAAACGUCCACCUCAUCGCCGGCCACGCCCACACAGGACCACAGCAAUGCCAAUGGCAAUGUGCAGCAAGGUGGCGGUGGCGGCGGUCCAGCAACAUCGGCUAGUCAGCGCCCGCUGGUGGUGCGUCAAGACGCAACAAACAGUUAUUCGCUCAAGCCAAUACUACGACCACGGAUUAGAAUAUGCAGGCAGCAGGUGUUCAACAUCAAUUUGCCCUGCACCGUCGAGAACAAGGAGAACACUCGGCCGUUUGUGAUACGCGAGAACAGUAGCGAUAGCGACGAGGGUGACGGGCGCAUACUCUAUCGCGAGGACGACAAUGACCGACAGGCGAAGAUUGCGCGCAAAGAGUCACUGUCGCUGAAGCUGCAAUUGCGACCCGACAAGCAGGAUCUGAUCAAUCGCAAUAUCCUGCACCAGGUCACCGAUAAUGAAAUCAAGGAGUCGAAGGAGGCCAUUGGCGCACGUCUCAUACGCCGACUGUCGAUGCGACCCACUGCCGAGGAGUUGGUGGAGCGCAAUAUUUUAAAGAGUUCAGCACAAUCACCCGCCGAAGAGAAGAAACAAAAGGAGGAGAAGAAAUCGUAUUUGUUGCGAAAAUUGAGUUUCCGACCCACCGUCGAGGAGCUGAAGGAGAAGAAAAUCAUACGUUUCAACGAUUACAUUGAGGUGACACAGGCGCACGACUACGAUCGGCGUGCGGACAAGCCAUGGACAAGACUGACGCCGAAGGAUAAGGCUGCCAUACGCAAGGAAUUGAAUGAGUUCAAAUCAUCGGAGAUGGCGGUGCACGAGGGUAGUCGGCAUUUGACGAGGUUCCAUCGGCCAUGACAAAUGCAAGGGCAGCAAACGACACUUGCAACAGCAGCCACGUCAGCAGCAACAUCAGCGAAAAACUCAUUUUCCAAAUGCAACCAACACAAUUUUGUGCUCGAACAGCAAAAGCGACAACAACAGCAGCAGCAAAAGUUCGAGCGUGAUGGCAUAAAAACGCGAAAAUGAAAUAUAAGAAAAUAAAAACAAAAAAUUUCCAAAAAAAAAAUUUAAAACUUCACAGAAAAAUGGAUAAAAAAAUUGAAAAAUGAAAUGCUCAAAGACGGCAAAGCAAAAUUGAAAAAAAAAACAUAACAACAAACACACACAAAAAUGUGAAUUAGAUUGUUGAAAAGAAAUGAGCAGAAGUAAGAGGUUAGGAGAAAACAAAGACAAAUUGCAAAAAAUGGCAAAUAAAUUUCUAUUUCUACAGUAAAAAGUAAAUAAACGAUAAAAGUAACAAAAUACAACUGAAAAUAAGUUAAAGCAUAGAAGAAGCCUUUAGCAGGCGCGAGGUUUAAAGUAAAAAGUAUAAACGCUAAGGAAGUAAGGCGUCCCAAAGCCAAUAAAUAAGUAAAUAAUAGAAUAAAGUUGACGACAGUAGUAACAGUAACAAACGCAACAACAACAGCAACGGCAGUAGCAGUUUCUAACGAUUUAGCAUUUGGGGUUUCAACAUUCAAAACUGCAGCGAAAGCAUUAGCGAAAGCAACAAACAACAAACAAUAAUAAAAUACACAAACAAAAUGGACAACAGUGCUACUGAGCAACGCUUGUAUAGCAACUUGUCCGGCUUUGCCGGGAGCUGAGCAAUGCACAUCAGCAGUAAAUAGCUGUGGAAAAACGGCAACAAAUCCACUUAGCGCCACGUCGGCAGACGAGCAGGACAGAAAAUGUGCUGGACGGACGGACGCAAAUUACCAUGCUGUGGGGGGAAAGUGUGUUGGCAGCAAAUUGCUUACCAUGAGUUUAGACAGAUAGUCAGAGCCACAAAAUAUAUCCAUUCCAAUAAAAACAUACGGCCACAACAACAACAACAACACCAGCAGCGACUAAAGCAGUUAUGCAAACAAUUUCGCCAUGGCGCUAGUAAUUUUCCACAACACUAACAACAACAACAACAGCAACAAUCGUUAAUGCCACUAUUGACACUGAUGCCAGUGCAGCUGUGCAACAACAAAUCCAACAAAAAACUAAAAAAGAAGCCAGUAGAAUUUUAAUUUGUCAAUUAUUCCCUCGUAAAGUUGAAUGGCGGCGCGCACUUUCGGACAUUUGAAGUACACUAAAACAUAUUAUUGUUAUUUACAUUGCCGACUCUAGCGCUCAGCCAGACGCUUAUUGAAGCAUGACGCAAAGUUUUCCACAGGCACUUGUCUACGAAACUGUUGCAGAAGAAUUAUCCACUUUCCCUUUAUGUUCAGUUGCAGUGUUGUUUGUCUUUUGUAUCGUUUGUUUACAUUCUCCGCAAAAUGAUAGCCCCGAAUAUUUGAUUAUACAUAUGUAUUCUAUUCUAAAUGUAAUUUGUAACUAGCAAACGUAAUUGUAAUCGUACAAUAAAUUUGUUUUGUAAACUUAAUAUCUCUAAGAACAAAUAAAAACGAAAAGUACUUACAGCAAUGACAGACUUACGAAAUAAUAUAUUAAAUUAGAACUUCGAAAACCCGAUGAGGACACAAAUACAAGCAUGCACACUUACAUUUGAAUUGCUGCGAAUAUUUAUGCUUGAGUCAAUAGAAUGGAACAGAACAUUUAUGUGAAGACGAUGUGAAGAAAUGGGGAGAUUGAGUUAGUCGAUUCGUUGUUCUAUUAGGAGCACUAGCCCUUAACACCUAAUAGUACUAAACAUUUUCUAAACAAAAUUUUUGAAAGUAUUAGUGACCGUCUUUGGCCGAAAAAGUUCGGGGUUCUCUUUUAUCAUAUACCACACAUCGACAUUGUAAUGUACAGCCAAGCCAUACUAAAAGCUUUGUACGAAUUUCAUUGAGUUUCUUACGGAACCGGCUCUGUAAAGUGUUUUUCGAAUCGAAAAACUAUGUUUUUCAACUUUUCUUCUAUUUUUGUUUUUAAUAUUUUUACCCUUAUUUACUUUCAUCUCAGUCGUGAAAGGUUUUCACAAUUUGCUUAUUAUGGCUUCCUUCCACUUUGCUGUAGAAAGAAAUGGGAAACGCUCAAUUGUGGUAUGAUUUAGUUGAAUUAGAAAUUUUAACGAAUUAAUAUUCAAUAAAGUGAAUUGUUUGCGCCGCCAAUUGGGCCCUUGUAGAGUUUAAGUUACAUUCCAUUUGUAUAUAAAUUCAUUCAAUAAUUAACAGAAUCAACAAAACGCAUAAUUAAGUAACACUUCCCUUUCUUGGCUAAAAUUUCAGGAAUAGAAAAAAAAUUUAAAGGAAUUUCUAAUGCGACUUUGAUUGAUUUAGAGCAAAAUUGAUCACUUCCAAGCGGUGGUUCAAAUUUCAUUAGAUCCUACUUUAUAUAUACAAUAUUUUCAUAUAUUAUGUGAGCAUUGCUUUUGGAAAACAUGUCUUAGAAAGUUUUAUUAAUCGUUAUUUGCUGUCAUUGCUGGAGUCAGAGCUUGCAAAACACGAUAUUUUCUAGAGGAAAAUAAUUUUUGAUUGUUUUGAGGAGCUGCACUGAGUUUGUCAUUUUAAUAGUUAAUAAUUUUUGCCUUUCAAAAAUUUGUUUUAUUUAUUUUUCGAUUUUUUAUGUCAUUGAUUUGGGCAGUAACAACAAAAACAAACAUUCAAAUAUGUAAAAUACAAGCUUGAAAAGUGAUUUUAGUAUUACGGGUUGACAUAGAUUUCCUAGUAAUUUUAAAAACAUUAACAAGAAACAAAAACCAUGUUAAAAUAAUGAAACUUGGAUAUAUUUCGAACUUAGGCAAAUUUUAUAAAUUUAAUUGAAUACUUUCUUUAAGAUCCAUUUUAGCCUUUUUCAUAAUAUUUUACUCACUUAUUUUGUUUUUAUUUUUGUUUAUAAAAUUAAAACAAUAUUUGUUGUUAAUAAGAAACUGUCCAAUUUAGAAAAAAAAAAGUUUAAAUCUAAAAGUACACACAACAGAUACAUUUCUUUCUGCUUGCAAACGUAUUUGUUAGCUUUAAUUUAAAUUAAAAAUUCAACAUUACAUGCAUACGUAUUUAUUGUACAAAAUUACAAAGGCGUAGGCCAAACAUACAUAUACUUAUCUAUAACAUAUAUAUAUAUGUGUUUACAAAGAGUCAGCUGUGUUUUGAGUGGAUUUUCUUACAAAAAGUACUGCUUGAUAUUUUGUAAAACUGUAUUAAAAAUACAUAUAUGCAUACCUACUAAUAUUUGCUUAUGUCCAUCAUAUAUGCCGCUUUGUGAGAGAAUAUCGCAAACACGAGACAAAACAUAUUAAUAACUGUUGAAUAAAUUGCAAAUUAACACAUAAAUUAUUACAUAUUUAUGUAUAUGAGUAUGUAAAACGAGGGAGAUGAUGAUAGUCAUUUGAAGUCAAUGCAGAACGAGAUAAUAAUUCGUAUUUGUACUUGUAUUUUAGCGAAAAUGUGUUUAAAAAAAGCGUAGAGUAUGAGAAGGGAGCGCAGUGGAGUGGAUAAAGCUUUACAGCAACAAACAAUCGUCGCAAUGAAAUAUUGUAAUGGCGCUGUGUCAUAUGCAAUAAGGCGAUAUGCGAGUUCCACUCCUGCAAAUAUUUUAUUAAGUUUAAUAUUGUGUCAAUAACUACUUUAUUACUGUUAUAUCAGUGAACUACUUUUUUCUCAACAUAUCGUUAAUUGUACGAGAUUUAUAAUUAGGUUUGUUAAUUCUGUGUUUCUUUUCCUUUUUUUUAUUUUUGUGUUUGCGAACACCAAAACUGUUUGUGUAAUUAAAAAUUAAAAAAGCUACUUUCCGAUAAUCAAUUCGAUUGAAAUGUAAUUAUUGCUAAUUUUAAGAUAUAUUAAAAUUCAUUUAAUUGUAAUUAACCGUUAAAUACAAAGAGGGGAUCGGAGUGGAGAGGAGAGUAGCAACCAAGUGAAAAAAUAUAUUGAAAAUAAAAGCAAAACAAAAUACAAUUGAUCACAUGAUAAAUUUUAAAUGAUAAUUAUUAAACAUACAUACAUACAUACACAGAAAUGCAUAAAUACAUAACUGUAAAUGCAAAUAUUAAUUGAUAGUAUUGACAAAGAUUUGUACUAUUACAAGAUACGAAAAGAAAAAAAUUAAAUGAAAAUAAAAAUAAAAACAAUAAACAUUUAAAUUGAUUUAAUUAAAAUUAAAAUUUCUCUUUUUAUUCUUUCUUCUUCCACAAUCAUCAUCAAUGGCAAAUUUUCUCACCGCUGAACAUAGUGCGAGAAAAAUAGAGUACGGUCGCUGGAAGUCUUUUACAUACAUAUGUGUGUAUGUGGUUCAUAAAAUAUUUUCAUUCUACAUAUUUAGUAAUUUUGAAAUAGUGAAGAAUAUCUAACAUUUGCGACUACCGAAUAAUAUCGGCAUAUCUACUAUUCGUUGGGAGAUAUUUUCAAAUUAGUCGAAGGAGUCAUAUGCUGGCCUCAUAAACUACUUUCUUUUAUUAACUAACUAAUAGUUAAGACGAUAGUAUCAGAUAGUAAUAUUUUACUUCAGAAUUUCAGGUUAGCGGGUUUGGGUUUCAUUAAUUCUGAAAGAAAAGUAAAAUAUUGUAAGACUUCGGUUUCUUAUAUCACUGGAAUCUUAUAUGAUAGUCAUGAACUCAUAGUCAGACUUCGAGUUAUUUGUCAGAAAAAAAAAUUUAAUUCUAUUAAGUUAAGGAAUUUUCGUUCCAAGCGAAUUUUACACACAAGCCGCUUGAAGGAGAUAGUAGUUGGAAAUCCAACCCAAGUUUGAUUAUUUAAUUUUUCUAUAUACAUUUCUUUUUCAACAUUCUCAUAGUGACAGUGACACCUAUCAGAUUUCUCAAGUGUUUAGGAAGUAAUUAGUGUUGGUACUAAUAAGAAUCGUCUUUACUUGUAUGAGCGCGCCAUUGGAUUAUUAAAUUAAUCCAUUCUUUAACAUUGUGUAGUUUGCAACGUAGGUUUUCGUAGAUUUAACCAAAUAAUAAGAAACUUACAUAUUUCACUCUUUUUUCGCUUCAACUACAUUACCAUACUAUACUUUCUUACUUAUAAUAUCUUCAUGCUAUACUCAUUAGAAGGAUGAGAAAAUUAAAGUCUUAAAGGAAUUAUAAAAAUGUAUUUCUUAUUGGCAUAAAUAAUAUUUAACAUAACAUACAAGCACAUUUUGUGCUCGAAGAUGUAUAUGGCUCACAGUUGGACAGACCACAUGAGUACAUAAUAUUAUAUUUUUUAUUUUUACUCCAAGCAAAUUUUGUAAAAAAUAAUCAUUUUAUAAAUAAAUCAUAAUUUACUAGUAAAUUUUGCUUUGUAAGUAAAUUUGCCUGAGCGACCAUUUUGUGUAGCCAAAGAAUGUAAAUGUACAUUAAUGUUAAUGCUCACUACAGUCUAACAUUUUCUGGUAAUAAUGAUUGACAUAUAGAGAUGUUAAUAUAAACGAAUGGACAGGCUUUCUUAGUAUAUGUAUAAUUUGUGGCAUGUUGCUUUCAACAUAUGUUUAAGGAACUCUUCAAAGAGACAAAAAAUUUUAACAGAGUAAAAACAAAUAUAUUUGAUAAAUAAAAAACAUUAUCGAUAUAUCGUGUAUAAGCAUUAUAUACAAAACAAUAAUUAACCACUAAAAAGAAUAAUAAAAAACUACGCAUUAAAAAGUUUCAGUAUUCUAAAGUAUUUCUAUAAAACUUUUGAGAGUAUCUAAAAAAACUUAAGCAUAAGAAUGUAGACCCAAAAUGUUAGAAAUAUAAAAGAGGGUUUCUAAAAAUAUUUUCACUAAAGCAAAGUGCACAGGUGUAGCUAUGAAGGUUUAAAUCACUAACACAUAUGUAAAUAUAUUCUAAAAGAAAAAAAAAAAGAAAAAAAAAACAAUUAAAAUAAGCAAAAUUGUGAUUAUGAGUGGAUGUAGUUGAAAUCAACCGGACCGACCUUAGAAUAAAUGGAGAAUAUUAUGUUUGCUUUUUGAAGCUGUCUGUCUUCAACCACUAUGCGCUUAGCCUUAGUUAGCAUAUAACGAGCCUAAGAUUUUGUUCGCUUUUCAUGGUCGAUUCGUUUUUGUUGUGUUGAUAUGUAUUAGAACACAAAUUGUGUCCUCAAAAUCUGAAGUUGAGUACUCAAAAAUGGGUGGUUUUUGAAAAUUAUUGUGAAAAUGAAAGGAAUUCAAAUAAACUGUCGGUCUUUGGAUUGGAAAGCCAUACUAAGGACUGUCUGACAGUCUGGCUGGUUCCCAUAUUAAAAAAA